GUAACAAAACGGUAAAAUAGAAACAGAAGAACAACAGGUGAUCUUCCAUUGAAACUCUCUCUCUCUCUCUCUCUCUCUCUCUCUCUUCUCUCGCAGAAGAUUUCACUUUCUGUCUCUCCCAGAUCUUUCGAUCUCUCGCUCUGAUCAACCCUCGAUUUGGUAUCUAUAUUGAUUUAGAAUCGUUGAAAGUAGAGGUUCUGUGCUAAAUUAUUUCGGGUAAAGCUGAAAAGGGUGUGUUGUUGGUGUGCCGUGUGCUACAUUACUUUACAGACAGUCCAUGAUUUCAUGAAGUCAACGCUUUCUAGCACUGCUUUCAUCGAGAAAUUAUUCACGGCAUCUUUUUAUUCAACAACAUGGGCCAAAGGAAUAUGCCAUGCACUUGCCCGAUGAUUGAUUUGGAAAUGGAUCAACAAGCCCAGUGCCAUCUCCAUCCCGAGCCUUGUGUGCUUUUUGGGGGUGCAACAAAUUUUGCUCAGCCAAAUAUCCACACGAUAUUACCUGCUCCAGGGAACGCAACGAAUUUUGACGUCCGUCAUCUACCAGAGCGUCAUGAUAACGCUUUAUUCUAUGGGAUAACACAGUAUAGUGGUGUUCAGCAUCAUCAUCCUGCUGCAAAUCUUGACUUAGGUGUUGCUACUGUGUCCAGUUACCAUAAUUCAUACAUGACUCCUCCAUCUGGUACCGGUGUGUUCCCUCUCCCACAAAACCAUGGGUCUCAUGAGCAAUUGCCAUCUUCCAGCAAUUAUGGAAUCGUUGGAGUUCCUUCAAAUGACUAUGGAAGGAACAAUUACUACAUGGAUGGCCUCAGAGAUUCCUUUAAGAGAAAGAAUGCGGAAGGCAUCCCAGGGAAUUUUCAGUAUCAUAAUGCUUCAGCAGGCUCUAGUUCUUCAGUAGCUCCUUUGAAUACAAGGCCUUUUGAAUAUGGGGUUCCUAUGGUGGAUGCUGCAUCUUUUGGACUGCCUGAGUACAGAGUGAAUGGGAUUCCAACAAUGAUGGACGGUGCAUCUCACAGAACUGCAAGGAACAGAUCAGGUGCUAUGGGAAUGGAUUCUGCAGCUCAUAACCGUAACCAUUUGAUUCAAGGAAACUAUCUCGCACAUCCCUUUCAGAUGGCCAGCACUCCAUGGUUGGACCAACAGUUUAAUAGUAAUGGCGGUGAUGGAGGCACUUCGACCUGGAAUCAGGCACCUGCUUUAACCUAUUUGCAUGGGAGCAAUGUCAACGGAAGUUGCAUGGAGGCUGGGAACAUGGGUGUGCAAGGAUAUCAAGAGCCAGCUAUCAAUAGAAAUUCCAUAAAUUUCCUGCAUCCUCCCAUCCACCAAGGGCACCAAAGUCUUCAUCAUACACCACCUAUCCAAGGAGUGAGAGGUCAUGAUAUUAACUUCCAUCCUCAAGUAGCCGCUGUUCCUCACAGACUUUCAGCAAAUAGUGCUUCACAUAGCAGUAUGAAUCCUUUUCAGGAUGGGAUGGAGGCAGGGCCUAGAUAUGCAGGACCAGUUCCACCAACUGGCCUUAGGAUAUACCGUCCUCAACGAAGAGAAGUCAUACUUGAGGCUACUUCGAGGCAACGCAAUCUACCUCACCUUAGAUUUCUGCCGACAGAUGAAGUGGCCAUACUAGAGAUUUCAGGCAAUUAUGAAGUAAGGAAUUCCAUUGAUCAUCAUAGAGAUAUGCGCUUGGAUAUAGACCACAUGACAUACGAGGAGCUUCUUGCAUUAGGGGAACAGAUUGGCAAUGUUGGCACUGGAUUGACGGAGGAAACUAUCUUAAGACAUCUAAAAUCUAGAACAUAUCUUUCAUCCACAUGUACCAAUCUGGAAGAGAUGGCAUGUGUGGACCAGGAAACUGAUUUCUGUGUCAUUUGCCAGACUGAUUACAAGAACCAGGAGAAGAUUGGAAUUCUGGAUUGUGGACAUAACUACCAUGUAGAUUGCAUAAAGAAGUGGUUGCAUGUGAAGAAUGCCUGCCCCAUCUGCAAAUCUGCAGCGUUGACUACUGAAAGAAAGGAUUUAUAGGAAGAAGAGUGAUGUUUGGACACCAAUUCAAAAGAAUUGCUUUUAAUUCUUCCUCUGAUCUAUUUAUUUGGAUGGUUGGUAUUUUGUAAUGUAUUUUAUAUACAUAAAUAUAGACAUGCUUGAAGAGAUAUGACCAACAGUCAACACUGUCCAAAACAUUUACUUGUUGGCUUUAUGUCUGUCUCUGAAAGUUGUACAGACUUUUUCAUUCAUUAUUCGAUCAUGUUUCAUGUUCUGAUGAUAUAUGUUAAUAUAUAAUCACAAUCGUGUUCGAUGUGAAAAUUUAUAAUGUUAUUGUUUAUUAGUA